AUGUCCUCUGCUCAUGAUGCCACCACCACGAUCUCCAUUGACAAGCUCGACGGCGACAACUACGCGACAUGGAGCUGCUACAUGCGUGGCGUGUUCCUGACCAAGUCGACGUGGCACGUGGUGAACCGGGAGACGUCACCGACCUACGCGGACGAUCGCGCCAUGGACGACUACGUCAAGGCCAACAACAUCGCUUUCGGACUGAUGUUGCUGCACAUGGACGCGGACUACCAUCACAUCGUCGAUGACCGUGAAGAGGCGGGGGUCGCGUGGGCGCGUUUGAAGACGCUGUACGGCGGGUCGCAGAAGGCUGGACGCAUCUACUUGAAGCGCCAGCUGUUCAGCAUGGAGAUGGCGGAAGGCGGCAAUGUGAUGCAUCAUUGCAACGAAGUCCUCAACAUCAGCGCGAAGCUCAGCAGCAUCGGCGCCAAGAUGGAGGACGAGGACGUGGCGAUCUGCUUGUUGCGCAGCCUCCCCAAGAGCUACGAGAACGUCGUUCUCAACUUGGAGAUGAGCAGCGCGGAACUGCGAUCGCGAGACGUCGUGAGAGUGCUCACGAAUGAGCACAUCAAGAGGCAAGGUGACAAGACGACAUCGGUGAAGACUGAAGACGCGGCGAAGGCGUUCAGUGCCGAGCGUGAACCUCGCCAGUGUACAUACUGCGGAAAAUUGGGGCACACGGCGGAGCGGUGCUGGACCAAGCAGAAGGACGAAAAUCAAGGUGGAGCUCGACGCGGCGGCAACAAUGCUCGUGGACGCGGAGCCAACAACAUUCAGUGGUGA